AUGUUCCUCUACAAAUUCUUGAACUAUUUCCUUCUGGAUCCAUCUGGUGUGUUCCUUGCAUCAGUCAGUGAAGACUAUGUCAGAGUUUGGUCAUUCGGACCAGGAAGUGAAGGGAAAUGCAUUCAUGAGUUGUACUCUACUGACAAUAAGUUCCAUUGUUGUGUUUUCCAUCCUUGGUCGCGACGGUCUCUAAAGAGGCUACAGCAUCGGCCUUGGCCAACUCCAACUCCUCCAAUCGAAGUUUCUCGCGAAGCUCGACCAAUCGGUCAAGUUAGGCUUGCCUUUUAUCCGCCCAAUCUAAUUCUGCCUUGCAAGUGGUGGCAUAUUGCCUUUGAGCCCUUCUCGUUUGAGUCUUGCUCAAAGGUACAGGCGGGAGUUUGCUUCUAUACCAUUGGCCCGCCUUUGUGUUUGGCACCUUGA